ACAAAUCGAACAAGAAACGGAAGUGCAGCGUGAGAAAACAGUUGAGAUAUUGUGUGUAUGAAGUUAGUUAGCUAACGCUCACUCAAAUCAUUGCUGAAAGAACGAGGCAAAAGCGGCGAUUUAUCAAAGGAAGUGUUUUAUUUCUGGCAUAUAUCCUCCGUAUUUAGUCCUCCUGGACUAACCCGUCACUUUCUCUGAGAACAGGAGCGGCGUCAGGCAGAAUGGAUCCAGCUCUGCUGAGGGAGAGGGAGCUGUUCAAGAAGAGAGCUCUGUCUACUCCAGCAGUAGAGAAGAGACCAGCUGCUUCAGACUCUGGAUCACACAAGAAGAAGAAGCCCAAAGUUGACAAGGAGAGCUCCUCCGGGUCGAAACACAGUGCCGAGUUGAGUAACGGCAAUUUUAACAUUAAGACGAGCUCUGGGUACAAGUUUGGCUGCCUGGCCAAGAUAGUCAAUUACAUGAAGACGAGGCAUCAGAACGGUGAUACACACUUCCUGACUCUAGAUGAGAUUCUGGAUGAGACCAAACUUCUUGAUAUCAGCAUGAAACAGAAACAGUGGCUGAUGACUGAGGCUUUGGUCAACAACCCAAAAAUUGACGUCCGAGACGGGACGUAUGGCUUCAAGCCCAAAUAUAACCUGAAGGACAAGAAAGCUUUACUGAGACUGCUGGACAAACACGACCAGCUGGGCCUGGGAGGAGUGCUGCUGGACGACGUAGAGGAGGGGCUCCCCAACUCAGCCAAGGCCAUCAAGGCUUUGGGAGAUCAGAUCAUCUUUGUGACGAGACCAGAUAAGAAGAAGAUCCUGUUCUACAAUGACAAACACUGUCAGUUUGUGGUGGAUGAAGAGUUUCAGAAGCUGUGGAGGAGCGUUCCAGUGGACGCUAUGGAUGAAGAGAAGAUCGAGGAGUACCUGAAGAAACAAGGAAUCUCGUCCAUGCAAGAAACUGGAUCAAAGAAAACGUUACCAGUUCAGAAGAAGAAGAAGCAAGGUGGGCAGAGGAAGAGACACUUCAAGACUCACAACAACCAUCUGGCGGGAGUUCUGGAGGACUAUACGGACGGCGUCCCUGUGAAGAAGUGAAAUCCUCGGCUUCACGCCCUCACAGUGAUGUAGAAUCUGUAAUCCAGACAUGGCUGGCGACGGACGCUGGCCACACUACAAUACAAAGACUCUUUAUGGCUGUUUAUGUCUUUUCUUCUCCUCGCGCUCUGCUGUGAUCUCGUAUUACACGGAGUAAAUAGCAACUAUUGUGUGGAAUCCUUCUUAGUUUGGUUAUUGAUUGUGAUAACUGCAGGACCCUUGAGGGAAGGAGUACUGAGACCAUUAAUGAUGCUGAAUACCCCCCCCCCCCCCCCCAAAACCACCAUCCGUACAGGGGGCGCUGUCAUCUGACUGUAAACUGCAAAUGAGAGUUACAGUGUGUAAAUAUUAUUUUCUUCAUUUUAUUCAGUGUAUCACAAACAUGUGUGUAGAAGAUAUUAUUUGGGGAAAUAUUCCCUCAAAUAUUGAAAACUUUCCACCAUUUCAACAGGAAUGGCUGAAGAACCAUCUGGGACGUUACUUCUCAUUGAAUUCCAAAAUAUUUAAAUUGUUUUACACCAUAGCAUCAAAACAAAGGUUUAAAAUGCUAGAAUUUUGUGAAUUUAUUUUAAUAAAUGACACUGUUACAUGA